GUUUCAUAAUGAUUUGUGUACUAGUUGCUUUCUUCUGUUUUCUUUAGGGUAAUGGUCCCAACAACUAUUCCGGAUUUAAGGACUGAAUUAAAUUGCCUGAUUGCAGAUGAAAUGUAAACAAGUGGUGCUUGAGCUGUCCACUGCAUUAUUGGAUCUACUCAAUUAACUAAUGGAAAAGUGCAGUCUUUCGGACAAAGAGACGGUAAAAGCCUUCAUCUCCAACGCCAAAGGUAGUAUUAGUAUUAUUUUUCUGAACCAACAUAGAAAACAUGGUAACGCGUCUCACUGUCUCUGUUUACAAGAUGUAUUUUCUAUGUUAGAUCUGACUUUAGUUUCGAUAAUAACAAUGAUUAUCUUGUUGAUCUACCAAUGGUAGCUUUUUUAUAUGUUAAAAGAGCGAAGAUAAAACCAUAAUCCUGUUCCUGACUAAUUAAUGAUUGAGGAACAUAGGCAGUAAAAAACAAUGUUUAAUGUAAGAAAUCAUAUUCUUUGAGGCAAAGAAUCCUACUCACGGAAUCUCUUUUCCGAUUGCAGAAAAAGAGUGACAGAGAAGAGCGUGGAGUGUACGUAUGGAAUGGAGGAAAGGGGUGCCCACUGCGCAGUCCCCAUGGAUGCGGAACUCAAUUGAGUUUUACGAAAGGGAUGCAGUGAAUCCUGUAUUCUUCGUCCCUGCUUGCAGUGGAUCGAGAGCGCGGAAGCCCAAGGUCAUGCCACGGUUUUUGUUGCCAAGUUUUUUGGUCGUGCUGGACUCAUGUCCUUCAUUUCCGCCGUCCCGGAAUCUCAGCGUCCGGCGUUGUUUCAAUCUUUACUGUUCGAGGCGUGCGGGAGGACGGUGAAUCCGGUGAACGGCGCGGUUGGGCUUUUGUGGAACGGGAACUGGCACGUGUGUCAGGCGGCGAUGGAGACUGUCCUGCGUGGCGGCACUCUGCGGCCGAUACCGGAGUUCAUGGCCCCUGCAGCGGCUCCCGACGAAGCCUCCGAAGCCACAUGUAAGGAUAUUUUGAAGCUUCAAGAGACGACGAAUCUGAACUCCAACUGCCGAUUCACCAAUUCGAGAUCUAAAGUCUCGCCAAAGCGGAAGAGGGCGGAGGAUCAGUUUAACAAACCUCCGUCAUCGGAUCUGGAUCUCUGCCUGACCCCUACCUUCACGGGCAAGCGGGUACCUGACCGCAGGAGGCCGGCCACUCCCUCGAUGAACUCCGAGGAGGAAUCUGGUAUCACAACCUGCUUCGAUAGUGGGCUUGGAGAUCAGUACGGCCGCGGAAACGGAGGAGGAGCAGCCGGGAAACUGUUACUGAACCUGUUUGUUUGACGAGAAAGAGAGGUUUCUCAAAUUCUCUCCCUUUUUGCCUUACUGUGAAUCUUACGUUCACUCUUCCAUCCAAGCUAGUCCCAUGUAAUAUUCAAUCCUUUUUUUUUUUCCCUCUUUCAUUUUUGUUACGCAUUUUGGGGGUCCCGGAGUAUACUAUUCCGGCGAGUUUUUGUAAAUCACCGGCACGGGAUUCCUCUCUUCCUUGGUUUAUUUUAAACUGUGAAGAGAGAAAAAUGAAAGUUUACCGGUGAUUUUUAAAUUAAAAUAUUCUCUCUUUUUGUUUUUUCCUGUGUGUGUGUAGCAAGACAGUAUGACAUGAAUAAAUCAGUCUGUCUUUUUUUUUCUUUCUUUUUUAAUUUCCCUAUAUCAAUUUCCUGUGAAAAAUCUCUGUAAUUUCUGUUAUUAAUAAAUGAUAAAUAUGGAGAACUCUG